AUGCCUCGCGACAGGUAUACCCGUAAGUCUCUGGGCGCAACACAGCGACUGGUGAAGGAGUCCCGCGUCCUCCUUGUCGGCGCAGGCGGCAUAGGUUGCGAGCUGCUCAAGAACCUCGUCCUCACCGGCUUCGGCGAAAUCCACAUAAUAGACCUGGACACAAUCGACCUGAGCAACCUGAACCGUCAGUUUCUCUUCCGGCAAGAACAUAUCAAGAAGCCGAAAGCCCUGGUCGCAAAGGAUGUGGCUCAGAAGUUCAACCCGAACGUCCAAUUAUUCGCGUACCAUGCCAACAUAAAAGACAAACAGUUCAAUCUGGAGUGGUUCUCGGGCUUCAAUAUCGUGUUCAAUGCGCUUGACAACAUGGACGCGAGACGGCAUGUCAACAAGAUGUGCCUUGCUGUCGAUGUCCCCUUGGUCGAAUCCGGCACCACAGGCUUCAGAGGUCAAGUCCAGGUUAUCAAGAAGGGCAAGACUGCUUGCUACGAUUGCACUCCCAAAACUACUCCGAUUUCCUACCCUGUCUGCACAAUCCGUUCCACUCCGAGUCAACCGAUCCACUGUAUUGUAUGGGCCAAAAGUUAUCUUCUACCGGAACUCUUUGGCGUCAGUGAAGACGAGGCAGCUGAGAUGGAUUCAUCAGAAGACUCCGAGAAUGCUGAAGAAAUCCAGAAGCUGAAAGAGGAGGCGCAGGCCCUGAAGAGAAUAAGAGCUUUAAUGGGUUCAAACGACUUCGCAAAGCAGGUGUUUGACAAGGUGUUCAAAGAGGAUAUCGAAAGACUGGCGAAGAUGGAGGAUAUGUGGAAAGACAAGAAACCGCCCGAGCCUCUUUCUUACGAUACGCUUGAGCAACUAGCAAGUGAGGUCGGGCCGGGAGUCGCUACAAAUGGCCAAGUGACAUGGUCUGCCGUUGAGAACUUUGUUGUGUUCAAAGACAGCCUGGAUCGUCUGGUGAAACGAUUAUCACAAGAACAAGCGGCCGCCUCGAGAUCGGGGGCCCUGCAGCCCUCGAUCUCUUUCGACAAAGAUGACGAUGAUACAAUGGACUUUGUUGCCGCAACGGGUAACCUACGAGCAAUCAUUUUCGGCAUCGAACCCAAGUCAAAGUUCGACAUCAAGCAGAUGGCAGGCAAUAUCAUACCGGCAAUCGCCACUACAAAUGCCAUGGUGGCCGGCCUUUGCGUAUUGCAAGCGUUCAAAGUCUUGAAAGGCGACUAUGCUCGGACUAGAUGGCUCUGGCUGGGGAUUGGUUCACUGCGGACUGACCACUUGGAUUCACCCAACCCUGAGUGUCCUGUUUGCAGCGUUGCUAUGGCAAGAGUGCAUGUCAAUAUUGAAAGAGCCACGCUAGGGGAUUUGGUACAAGACAUUUUGCGGACCAGACUAGGCUAUGGGGAAGAAGUGACAGUCAUGACUGAAGCCGGCGUGGUAUAUGAUCCAGACCUGGAGGACAAUCUGGAGAAAAAGCUAUCAGAUCUCAAUAUCGUCGACGCAAGUUUUGUUCUCGUCAAGGAUGAGGAUGAAAAUCCCCGAGUCGACCUCCAAAUAGCCAUCGAAGCGAAGAAACCAGAGGACGAAACCAAAGCGGUUCUCCUUGUUGAGAAGGAAGGCGAAGCGUUGGAGAUCCCCCGGAAACCGAAGGAGUCCGUCUCGGACGGUAUCCACGACGAAGACGAUGAUAUGAAUGGCUUGAUCGUUUCGAACGGCGUCUCAGGCGGCAAGCGGAAGCGGCCACUGGACGAUGAAGGAGACGAGAGUGCUCAGCCAGCAAAGAAAUUGCAAGGCCUGUCGUCGGCGGAAGUUGCGAAGAACCAGAUUAUGGCAGCGAUUGUAAUUGACGAGGAGGACGGGGCGCUCGUGAUUGCAGAUGAUGAUUAG